CAUUGAUCCCUCACAAACGAAUUUGUGACAAAAUCUUCAGCGGGCCAUCAAGUAAUUUGGCGACUGAAGAUUGCGGCCUCCGUAGUGGUGUGGAGGAGGUCAUGGAUUACCCCUUGAUUUGUUCGUCAAUACGCAAGAGGCCUGAUUGGGCCUCACUUUUCCCAGCGCUUCUGCAGAGUAGCAACCCAACAGGACGCUGGAAAGAAGCGAAACUUGACACUCACGAUCUCGCCGUCCCAUUACAUUUGUCAGGUCAAACAGCUCGUCUUCAUUUCUGCGCCAUCUGCUUAUCACCCCAGGAAGUUGAUUCGCUCGAAACACGCAAGCGCAUAGAGAGGCUGUACAAUCUCAAUGGCGGCCAGUACGUAGCUAUUGUACUCUUGAUGGAGCAGCACCAGGGUAGUAGUGAUACAGCUAUGAUGAUGAAGUUGCAAAUAGAGCUCAUGAGUGGUUUGGAGAUGCCCAUAAUCCCACUUUCGUCUACAAGGGAACUGCCAGCGACAAUUAUGGCAUUUCAUCGCCAACUGAUGACAAGCGCAGCCCCCAUCAAACAAGCAGUCACAGCCCGUUGCCUGCUGUCUCAUUGUUCGGAAAUUCAUCAUCUGGGCGAACAUACAACAAAUCUACUCAGUGAUAUUACAACGGAUUUUAGAGACCUUGUUCAUAAAGCAACCACGCUAGAGGGCCAGCAAAAUCUCCGAGACUAUCUGGGCAACGAUGCUGAGCGAGUGAUCAAAUUCUGGCAGGACGAGUAUCUUGUUGAGUGAAUAGAGAGACCUGCACGUGCCAUGUGAGUUGGCGAAGAGCACAGAGGAAGAGCUCAAUAACAUAGUUAUUAAUAG